AUGAGGGACGAGAAACAGAGAAAGCCACUACCAGAACAUGGGGUCUACACGGUUUUCGUUGAGCUGCCGCCCGACACAAAACUUGAAUUUUUGUUGCCGCUGGGUGAUAAGAGACCUAUUCAGGAUUUCUUGAACAAGAAUAAGAACAUCGAAAAAGCACUGAAAAGUGUCAAACCUCUUGGAAUUCGUCCCCUCGAUGAGAAGUCAAAAAUCGGCGCCCACAACAAACCAGUCGUUUUUCUUCAUCCAAAAGAUUGUGGCCGAGUACUGGUCGAAUUGGAGCAGGAA